CAAAUGGCGGAUUAAAUGGCACUACAGUUGCCAUUCAUUUGAAUUGUUUUCAUUAAUCGUGUGAUUUGUUUGCGAAGACACGACUGUCGCCAUUGAGUGAUGAGUUGAUCCCACCAUCGCUUUCAGCCAUACGAUGAGGAAUAUAUCGAUUCACUUAAACGACAACAACAAUGUGAGUGGUAUAAGCCGUGGAAGUCCUUUGCGGUCGAGUAUCCGUAUAUCGCCGCCAAUCGCACCAAACAAUGACACAAAAGCCAAUCUUCGGACCAAUUCAUCGACAAAUGUGAUGAGAAGUGAUUCAGAGCCGCACUCUUUGAUGCAGAGCCACACUUCUGGUGUCCUUACAAACAAUGUAUUGCCAAAGAAUUGCACUGAUUUUGGAAACGAUAUGUUUUCGCAUCCUUUCUAUGACACAAAUAAUUAUUUGUCUCACAAUAUGAACAAAAUGAAUAAAUACGGUCUAACUGUGAACCAGACAGCUAUGGGAGCGCCCAAUGGGUGUGCUAUGAAUGGUGUUGGCUGUGGUCAGUCGAGCUCAAUGGCAGCGCCAGGGUUUCUCUGGUUCUGGUACCGCAUCUGCACCCUGCACAGUCAGGGUCGUGAUCAUCAUUACUAUCGUCUUUUAGGUCUAUAUCAUGGCACUUCAGGGCAAUCGCAUCGCGUUUCUGUCCACAGCUGCGAGUCUUUGGGCUCUCAGUCGAGCCAUAAAGAGAACUACAAUCGGAACUCGUCUUCGUCUUCGAGUAUUGGGAGCGGAAAUAGUGUGACAAUCGAAGCGGACAUCACAACCAUAAGUGCAGCUAAUGUUUACGAUCACAACCGGCCUUCACCGUAA